AUGUCUCGUGCGAUCACUGAGCGCGACGUUGCCACUGAUAUCCUUGUAGACAAUCGCUACAUUAGACGAGUGCACGGUCUUUCUGCGAGCAUGGCCUCGACUUGGAACACCAUCUACGGGUAUCCCGCCACUGGUGGGGGCACAUGGGGCAAAUUGAGGGGACGCCUUGGCCACAGUGACGGCCCCGCUUAUUUGACCGACUUCAAAAUCGACUAUGCCUUUACAGAUAUGGUCGACGGUGCGAUUACUGCGCUUGUUAAGACAUUUGUUGAGAUUGCAAGUGCGAAAAUGCAGGCACCAGUGACCUGGGUUGAGGAGUUCAGCGUCCAGGGCGGAUCAUUUGUCAAGUCAGAAUCUGCUAGCUUUAUUGAUCAUUUUCUUUUCAAAGAUAUCAAGCAGCCUCCGUCUCAAAAUGACUUCUCAUGCCAUACAGGGUAUUUUAGGGUAGAGUAA